UUAUCAGCAACAAAGCCCACAUGAUGCACAAGGUCCAAGAUUCAGCCGUAUUAGAGGCUAUCAAAAAGGUCCAGAAGACGGUAGAUGAUUUGAGAGAGGAGAAUAAACAGGUGUUGGCUGAAAAUAUAAAGAUGAAGGAGGCAUUUGAGAAGCUGUUGGCUGAAAAUAAAGAGAUGAAGGAGUCAUUCGAGAAAAUGAGCGAUAAACAGGGACGAGUAAAUGUCCAACUUAAUCUCCUCAACAAGUAUAUCGAGGGAACCAAAAAAUACUUUCCUAUACAAUCUAUGGAAGACUUAAUGGAACUGGAGCAAAAAAUGGAAAAUCCUGGCACUAAAGCAGCAGUGGAAACGGAACUCCGACGGCAAUUAAAAAAAGGCGACGAAAAUUUCUUAGGAAAAAUCGCUAGUCUGGAGGUCAUUGACAAGGUGAACGUGACGGGACGUGGCAAGAGGGAAAAUCUAUUUGAUUUUCACAUAUUUAAAUAUAGUGCGGAGGUAAUGGGGCUGAAUAGAUCACAGCUGAGAAACCAAGUAGAGAAACAACAGGCAAAAAGGCGUCAAAGAUUGAGGCGAGCACAAAAAAUUGCGAGUCCUUCAUCGAGCACACAAAUUGAGAAUACGACUCCCACGGCCACCAUUGGUUCAGAGAUUGCAGCAAACCCAUCGACCAUACAAAUUCUGGAUAUGGUUUCUAUGAACACUGUCGGUUCGGUGGAUUCUGCAACCUUUGAAACAGAAGCCUACGAGGAAUAUCCGCAGAUAAUCAGGCUCCCGUCAAGUUUCUCUCAAUAUUAGUUAAAAUUUGUUUAAUUUUAAGAUAAAGGCAGCUUAAAGUCCAAAGUUAAUUUUGUUAAGAAUAAAAAAAAGUUGUCAGAUUUAGGGCAGAAUCACAUUGUCAGUAAAAUACUCACCGUAUUUCGUUAAUUUACGGAUUUUCAUUGCAAUUCUUACGUAAAUUCUCGGUUACGGUAUUACCUUAUCUCAUAUUCGGUAGCACUAAAUAAAAAUAAUAUGAAAAGAAUUUAAGAAAUAAAGCAAAAAUUCAAUAAACAGUGAGCAAAAAAAACUAAGAGAAAUUCACCGUACAGUUUUUUUUGCUCACCGUUUAUCGGAUUUUUGUUUUAUUUCUUCAAUUUUCUUAUAUUAUUUUAACCUAAUGCCACCGAGUAUGACAUAAGGUAAUACUGUAACCGAAAAUUUGCAUAAGAAUUGCAAUAAAAAUGCGUAAAUUAACGAAAUACGGUGAGGCUAGAACGAGCAUUUUAUUGUCACUUAUGUGAUUCUGCCCUUACAAUAAAAAAAUACAUUUAAGCUGUCAUCAAAGGUAAAUGUUCUAAUUCAAAAUCAUUUCUAGACGCUUUAACUUUGAUAGAAGAUUCAACACAUUAAGUUCAUAUUUUUCUGAAGAGAAUUACAAAAGUUUGCUCCUUGAGUCGUCUAGAAUGUUAUUGUUUAGUGAAAAUUAUUUAUAGAUAAUUUGAAAACAUUUUAAAUACAAGAAAAACACACAAGAAAACCACAUUUCUAGUAGCGAAAAAUUUCCAUUUAGAGCAGGUUUUGAAUUAGCUUUAAUUACCCUAUGUAAAUUUUAUGACUCUUCGUCUGUUCUGUGAAUUUUAAAAUUACAAUUAAAUUAAAAUUGAAUUUAGUA